AUGCGUCAUUUAGGUCAAAACAAGAGUAGAAGUUGUGAUGCCAUACUCUUAGAUUUUCAAUCGGACGAACAUGCCAUUAACCAAAAGCUAAUCAUUCACCACUCGUUUCACAGUGAAAAUUUUGAGUCGAGCAUCACGUCUUUGAGGAUCGUUACUGCAAAAUCCUCUGGAAGUAAUGGCCAGUUUAGGAGUGGAGAAAGGAUCGCAGAAUGCGAAAUUGACUUGGCGGACUUGGUCAAGGACUACAAGAAGGAGGUGUUGACAUACAAACUUUCAAGUGGUAUAGACUCUGAUGCGUCCAUCAAACUAUCGGUUAAUAUCACCAGUUUCAUUAUAGAUGAUGCCAUCGAGUAUUCAUCGAGAUGCUCAAUAAACUCGGACGCAUUUUCAUCUGGAGGAACAGUUGAGAGCAAGGAUUUUGAAAGACAUCAGACACACAUCCUGGUAAGUUGA